AUUUCACCAACAGGUGGCGCGCACAACAUCCAGUUUUAAAUGGUACAGCGCUGUACACUACACAGAUUUGCCUUAUUGAUCGCCACACUUCGAGGUUGUCUUACCCGGUUGCAAUCUUCUGGUGUUAUUGAGGAAGUUGAGUCUUGCAAAUUUUGUGUGGUCGACUCAACGAAACCGAUGGAAUCGCGUGGCUGUGAAACGCUUGUUUUCCACUUCUCAGCGAUCAACAUAAUGGCUGCUGGUUUCUUCCUUUUUCUUCACUGCAUCACCGCCUCAGCGUUGGAAUCUGGUUCCGUCCAAGACUCACCCAUUAAGUACCCACAUCUCACUGACUGUGUGUCUGCCAACAUGGAGACUUUCUACUGCAGAUGGGAUGUUGGUACGUUGCAGAACAUCUCCAAGCCAGAAGAUGUGCGCUUAUUCUACAUUAUCAAAUUACCCCUGUCCACAUAUUCUAAAGAGUGGAGUGAGUGUCCUCAUUACUCCACAGAGAGGUUCAACGAGUGUUUCUUCAAUGAAAACCAUACUUCUGUCUGGAUAGAUUACACCAUUCAGCUCCGCUCAAGAGAUCAAACUAUCCUCUAUGACGAGAAACACUUUAAUGUUGAGAACAUUGUGCAACCUGAUCCGCCUCUCGGGCUGAACUGGACAUUGCUGAAUAUGAGUUUGACUGGCAACUUCUAUGAUAUCAUGCUCAGUUGGGAGCCGCCUCCAUCUGCAGAUGUGAAGAUGGGAUGGAUGACAUUGCAGUAUGAGAUCCAACACCGCAAAGUCAAUUCUGAACGCUGGGAUACGGUGGAGCUUGUAAAAACCACACAUUGUUCCCUGUAUGGGCUUCAAACUAAUGUAAAUUAUGAAGUUCGGGUUCGCUGCAAAAAGCUCGGCGAGAAGAAGUUCGGAGGGUUCAGUGACUCUAUAUUUGUCCACGCCACAUCUGAAGUAUCGAGAUUUCCUUUGUUGGCUUUACUCAUCUUUGGCACCUUGUGCUUGGUAGCCAUCCUGAUGUUGGUCAUCUUAUCGCAGCAGCAAAAAUUGAUGGUCAUUCUUCUUCCACCUGUUCCUGGACCUAAAAUAAGAGGAAUUGACCCUGAGCUACUCAAGAAGGGGAAGAUAAAGGAGUUGACAUCCAUCCUGGGCUAUCCUCCUGAUCUGAGACCAGAGCUGUACACCAACGACCCCUGGGUGGAAUUCAUCGAUCUGGACUUUGAGGAACAGAGCGACAAACUAACAAACCUGGACACGGUGUUUCUCAUGGAUCGAUCUCUGUUUUCCAACUGUUCAAAUCUUUCCAUCGGUUUCAGGGAUGAUGACUCAGGUCAUGCAAGCUGCUGUGAUCCUGAUCUAACCAAUGAUGCAGAAACAUCACAUUUGAAUUCUCUUGCCACAAACCAAAUCCGCAAAAGAGAUCCGGCUACUACUUCUGGACCUUGCUCUGUAAGCCCAAACACCACAGCAGGAGAUCUUCCUUCAGAAGACCCUGUCAGGCAGGCUUUGUAUACACAGGUAAGCGAGAUUAGGCCAUCUGGGAAAGUCCUGUUGUCUCCUGAGGAUGACAUGGAGAAAAACACAGUCAACGAUGCUGAAGAAAUCAAAACGGCAGAAAGAAAGGAGGACAAGAACACUUUUCAGCUCCGUGGAAUAUAUAGCUCGGAGGUCAAUGCAGUAAAAACGAGCCCAUCUUUGCCCGUAUGCAAUUUCAAUGAUUUAUGUUCAACUGGUGAGGACUUGAGUUUGAUCACAUGUUCAUCUUCGGAGAACUACCAAAACCCUUCCCGUGAAUCAUUUCCAAAUCCCACAUCCCACCUUCCCCCAACUCCUGUUUAUACCGUAGUAGAGGAUGUCGAUAGACAAAACAGCCUCGUACUAACGCCAAAUUCAAUACCUACCCCGCAGCUGACAAUCUCAAAGAACAUACCGACGACACCUGAUGGCUACCUGACCCCGGACCUUUUGGGAAAUAUUACACCAUAAACAUGCAAUGACCUUCUAAAAUUAUUCAGUCAACAACAGCGACAAACUCCUAAAACUGUCUUUGUGAUUAAUGACUGAGAGUCUUUUGCUUCAGUGUUGAAUUUCAGUUCACUGAAAAUAGAAAGGGAUGACUUGCUGCUAUCUAUGCUGCCCCUAGUGGCAAAGAUGUGUAUUACUUUAUAAACAAAAGGGAACUGAAAGAUGAGCCAGAGCUGGAAUCUGUUGCCAUAAAUCUAUACUGGGAGCCUUCACAUAUCUGUGGUUAAAGAUUCAUGAAUUUGCUUAUUUACAUAUAUAUAGUUGUUUGACCCUUUUUGUUGUUGUUCAUGAAACAUUUUGGCCAUUUGCUGCUUUUAUGGUCAAGUCAGAGCAAUUACUUCAGAUUGGAUCUUGAUGCUGUUAAGUUCAUGGUGGGUUUUUUUUUUUGGGCUACGUUUGAGAUGUCUUGUUAUGUUGUCAAUCCUUAAUUGCCUACGCAGUCAAAGUGAAAUUGAAAGUAUGUUUUUGCCUCGCUUUCUUACUAAUACCAGGUGAAAUCUACGUUGCAUAUAGUUUCCCUGCAUCCCUGUAUUUUUUUGUAAAUGUCAAAGGAAGAGUUUAUUGACUCAAUCUUUGAUCGAUUCUGCUAUAUUUUUCAUCUAUGCGAUUGUCCGCAGUUCACUGUAUUGUACCAUCUCUUCUGAAUAUGUCUCCAUGAUUUAGUUCUUGAAGGCAAAUUAUUAGCCAUCCGCUAUCAAACAAUGUCAUUUUCCUUUUUUUGAAUAAUUAAAGCCUCUGUACAGCUGCAGUUCUAAAUAAAACAAUACUUUUAAAUCUGA